AUGGCAAAAACUUUAGCUUUGAGCACAUCCAUUCCAGUUAUUGUACUACUUUUAUUAACCGUGAUAACAUGUAUACAAGCUGAGCAGUAUCAGCUUAAGGAAACAACGAUGUCUAUAUUCUUUCAAGACUCUAUGAUGGGACCAAACGCCACUAUCGUAGCGGUUGCUGGCAUUCCGGGCAAGCCCCGGGAUUUUUUCCAGUUUGGAACCGUCUUUGUCACUGAUGAUCCCAUAACAACCUCUAUCGAACGCAAUUCCCCAGAAAUCGGUCGAGGCCAAGGGAUGUACGUAACGUGUUCCCUAGAUGGAAAAAACACUUAUGUCUUGGUUUUCGUUGUUUUCUCCAAUCCAGAAUACGGUGGUAGCACGUUGGAACUACAAGGACGAAGCAUACAACUUGCCCCGGUAAGGGAAGUUUCAAUAGUUUCCGGCACCGGAAAGUUUAGAUUUGCAAGGGGAUAUGCUACCUUUGAGACAGUUUUCGUAGAUUCCUCAACUGGUCGUUCUACUGAAUGGUGUAAUAUUAGUGUGCUAUACUAG